UGCGGAUAUCGAUGUGAUGCAGAAAUAAAAUUUUUUAUUACGGCACUAAACAAACCUAUCGAAAAAAAGGUUAUUCGUGAAAUCUGUCUUGUCCAAUUUCCGUCUGAUUUUUUUUUUAUAGGUUUACAUUUGUUCGGUAGAGAUCAUAUCGUCCCGGAGUGAAUGAUUUUAUCUAUGAGUGAUUUUUUUUUUAUUAUUUUUUAAGAUUUUUAAUAUAACCCGAUAUACCACCAUUAUUUCUAUAUAGAUCAAUCGUUAUCACUAUAUAUCCUUUUUGCUAUAGCGCUCCAGUCGCACGCACCCAGUAAAUGGUGGUUAAUAAUUUUCUGACACUGUACAUCGUUCUAAAACACGCAAAUGAGGCAAAAAACGAAUAAAUGUGUGCUAUCGAAUAGAGUAUACAAGAUUGUUUGCAUAAAACUGGUAAAUUAUCAAAUGAAAUGAAAAUAAACGAGAAAAAUAUGGUGGCAUUCGCUACCUCGCCAACGCCGGUCGAUCGGGAGGGUUGGUUGAACAAACGAAGCGAGGUUAAUCGAGGAUAUCAGAGACGAUGGUUCCUGCUCAAGGGUAAUAUAUUAUUCUAUUUCGAUCGUCGAGGCGACAAAGAACCGGUCGGGAUGAUUGUCUUAGAGGGAUGCACCGUUGAAUUGGCCGAAGACGAGGAUCAUUUUGCCUUCAAAAUUGUUUUUCAUGGGCCUAAUAACAGAAGUUAUUUGCUUGGCGCAGAGUCCCAGGAGUCUAUGGAACAAUGGAUGAAGGCUUUAGCUUGUGCAAGCUACGAUUAUAUGAAGUUAAUGGUCGCCGAGUUGCAGCGUCAAUUAGAUGCCGCUGAGGAAGAGACUGCAGCGGUAUCGCCACCACCGGACUCCCCGAAACCGCCGCCCAGAACAAGACACAAUCCGUUUAAUAGGCCCGAGCCUCAUCAGCGUUCUCAAAGUGUGAGAUCAGCACCUGGAAGAACCGAAAAUAUGCCAAGAACGCGGGUAACUUUUCGAGAACUUCACACCUCAUACGGUCGCAGAAUUCUCGCCGAUUCGAAUGAAUGGAAACGAAAGAAAAGAAGCACUGACGCUUCUUUAAUCACGUUAUAAAUAACGAUCUCCUUCAUUUCUUUCCAAUUAUUCAUCAAUAAGCUGUGUAUAUAUAUAAAAUUGAAAAGAAAAAAAAAACCCCCCUAUUACGUUUCUGAUAUUGGAAAUUCUGCAAAGUAUAGUUGAUGAGAAAAAGCUCCGUACGAUUCGGACACGUAAAGCUCGUCUAAUUUGAAAUUCACCUUUCGUGAUGAAUUAUAUCAGAAUUGUUAAAAAAAAGAAAAUUAAAGAGCUCAAAGCGAGGGAUUUUAUGAUAAAGUUGAUUCUUUUUCGUCAGUUUUCAUUUUACAAUAGACAGCAUUGAGAAUGUAUAUGAAAUCUAUUUAUACGAAUGAAUUCAAAAAUAAAAACAAACUGCAGGCAUCAGA